AUGCAGGAAAUUUAAUAAAAGAGAGAUGUGUAUAAUGAGGGAUGGUCUGAUAGAGAAUUAGAAGAUAAAUUAAAAUUUUCGACAAAGAUAACAUUGUUGGCAUUAAUUUUAGCUAUAAUCUUGAUAAUAGUGGCAAUUAUCUUUUUCAACAAAUAUUCGCUGACUAUAAUGAUGUUACUCUUGCUUUCAGGAAUUGCUUCGGUUGUUUUAAGUGGAGUAAUAGUGUAUUGGUUCAACACGAGUAAAAUCACUGAGGAAUCAUAGUCUUAGUUGCAAUAAAGAAAAUUUUAUAUAGAUACAAGAAUUUCAGCAGUCGUAUUUUUGGGUUCAUUCAUCAAUAUUUUAUACAAUAUUAUUUUGCUAGUGUUCAUAGUAUUUUGGUACAGGAUAGGACAAGACUACUAUUAGGCUGAACAUUCAGUAGACACCAGUAUUGCAUACAUGAGUGAUUAUAAGAUUGGAGUGAUUUUGGGAUUUCCUAUAUUGAUAUUGAUUAGUUUAAUAUGGAUGUAUGUGGCAUUCACUAGUUAUAUUACAAUACCUCAAAAGUCAUAAUUGAGACUAUGCAUUUACGUGUUUGCAUUAUCAACCAUUCUAAUAGCAUCCUUAGCUUUGAAUCAAGCAAACCAAGCAUCAGCUGAUUUAUCAACACCCUACUCCCCAAUAUUAGUGACAAGUGUCUUUUCGCUGUUCAAAACAUUGUCUGUGCUCUCCUUGAUUACAGCUGCAUUCGCAUUCCUAAUUACUUUUAUCUAUAGAAAUAGUCUAUUUGAGACAAUUGGCUAUGCUAAUCUGAUAUUGAUAUUUUUAAUCACUGCUUGUUCAUUUUACAUCAUAAGAUAAAGCGAAUAAAUGAGAUCAGCCUACAUAAAUCAAUGUGGGUAGGAGAUGCGCAAUACUCAUUAAGAUUGGAUAAAGGAGAACGCAAGUUGUAACAAAUAUUAAGAACAAAACAAUUGUGAUCCCUAGUAUUAAUCCAUAUUCUGGGAGAAGGAUAGUAGCUAAUAGUGUUUAAAUAUAUCAUGUUGUAAAGCAUUUUCCGAUUCAAUGUCUAAGAACAUUUUUUAUACAGGCUUCUUCUCAUUAUUGCUAGUAAUAAGUGGGUUUGCCUUAUCUACAGCUUUACUAUAGGUGGAUACAAGUUUGAAGGGAGCGCAGAUACCAAAUAGAAAAGAAGAUUGGACAUUUGUAUUAAUUGGAUUAGUGGUGCUUGUAUUUUCGAUUUUACUGAUCUUUGGAUCUGCAACAACUCCUAAUUAAAAAGACAUCAUAAUCGUUGCAAAUCAAUAAGUAAUCAAAGCCAAUAAGAAUCCUUUGGUCUAUCCAACAGGUAUAGAGAAUGUCACUGGAUGUGAACCAUUUAUGGAUGUAUAUAAAAAACAGAAUAACAAUAAAGAAUUGGAAUUAAAUGAAGAUUCACGAUUGACUAUCUUAGCGCCAUAGAUGUAAUUAGUGGUUACAGAGUACGUGAAUUCAGCCAAAGUAUCUUAUAUUCCAAAGGAAAUGAUAAAAAAUGUAUUUUACACUUCUGCUGGUAGCAAUGAUGGGAUAUUUGGAGUAGAAGGAGAUAAAGGGGAAAUAAAAAAGAUAUUAUCUAAUCAUAUUCAGAUCUGCAGUGAGGGUAAUAAAAAGUAAUUGACAGUGGAUAUAUUUGCAUUGUAGAGUAGUAGAUUAUUAUGGCAAAAGCAUAAAGUACAUGCAGUAGAAGAUAAAUCAUUUAAUCAGGAAGCGAAAUAGUACAUUAGUAAGAACUUGAAGUUUACUAAUUUACAGAUCAAUAUUGUUGAUAUAUAAUCUGGAUUAGAAUUGGACGAUGUUAUUUUGUAUUUUUUUAAGAAUGAGGAUGAUUGUGGUAAAAUUAAGCCAAUACCUUAACGAAUAAUCACUGUAAAUCAGAAUAGUGUGUUAUACAAUAUGGUUGUCAGAGAUUACUACUUCGGGGCUGAAAAGAAAGGAUAUUAUCUAUAUUGCAAUAAAUUUAAGAACUCAGAAACUACUAAAAGCUUGGAUGUCACAAUGAUUCCUAGAAACACAAUCAAAGGGCAAUUGACAGUUACCUUGGAAGUACCUAAGCAUGAUAAGUUCAAUGUGUUAUUAGGCGCAGCUUAUCCAGAAUGCGUUGUUGGUUUUUUCAAUGAGAAUUGUGGGGGUAUGCAAUUUUAUGGAAGCAAAACUGCUUAAUCAAUUCAAAUUAAUCAACUGGCAGACAGGAAGUAUACUUUUUUUGUAAAAUUUGAUCCAAUAGACUCGAAAUUGAAAGAACUCAAUAACAAAAAGUCUCAAGGGUUGAAGAUUGAUUCUUCUUUGAUUGAGAACGAUCCUAUUUUCAAGGAGAUGAAACCUGUUGUCACUCUUUAUGGUUAUGAAUAGGAGAGACCCAUAAUCAGAUAUUAAUUGCCAUAAGUAAGUAAUUUGAAUAAAGAACCUAAUUUAACUUGGUUGGUGUUGUGUUUGGAUGGAGGGAUUGGAGAUAUUUCUUAAAAGUCCUGUGGGUAAUUUUGGAGGUAUUCUGAGAAUCCGAAUAAGUAUGAGAGAGAUGAAAAUUCAAAGGAGAUUUACCCACAGGUUUGCAAUAAAUUAUGA